GUGAGGGAUCAUGGGACUCGUCACUGAACACGGCAGCCAUGGCAACAUAUGGCAGCGGAGCAGACAGCUGACCACCGCGGAAACAUACACAUCACAACUUUGACAACGAGUCAUCAGGUGUUUGUUUGAGGGGUAAGCGUUUGGUCGGUUGACAACGUUAUAAACACCAGCGAAGUGGUUCAGGGCCAUGUCCGGGGAGCGGGCUCCUUUACCGGCCGGUAGGAACGGCCUGCUCCGCGGGGGCCGGACGAGGUCUUACGGCAGUUUGGUCCGGUCUCCGCUCUCUCCGGUUCGCCAGAGACAAAUUGAACACAAAAUACAGCCAGGAGACACACUUCAAGGCCUGUCCCUGAAAUAUGGAGUGUCUAUGGAGCAAAUUAAAAGAGCGAACAGACUGUACACCAAUGACUCGAUAUUCCUGAAGAAGUCCUUGUCCAUUCCUGUGCUGUCAGACUUAGACGACUGCAGUAACGGUGUAGAUUUGGCAGAAGAGGACUCAGAAGAGGGUGCUGGCGGUGCUUCUGGUCAAAAUGGGCACACGGCAAGGUCUUCUCAGAUGAAGCAAGACGAUGGAAAAGAAAGGGCGUCAGACCUUACUCCAGUGGAUUUUUUGAAAAGGUUGGAUGGUUUGAUAAACCAGUCCAAGCAGGCUGCUGUCAAAGGAUGCCGGGAAGCAGAGAAAAGGGUUGCCGAUCUAGAAGCGGCUUGCACCAGCAGGACAUCAGACUGGCGGCCGCUCACAAGGUCGCAGAGUGUCAUUACAUCUUCCAGGAUGCAGCAGCAGGCAGCACAUGGGGCAGUACCCCUCACUAUCACCAAAUUCACCAAGAAACUGAGAGACAGAGAAGAUGAGAUCUUCGAGCUGUGACACGUUGUUUCUGCUUUCUCACUCUGAUCAUUAAAGAAACUUUCCCAGAACUCCAUGUCGCAGGGUUUGACCUCCAGGAUAAUGGAGCAUUACUGAUAAAGGAAUAUUUCUCAAUAUCCCCCAGCUGCUGUAUGGACUUGAAACUAUGACAAGAAGUGUCAUACUGCCAUUUAAUUUAGACCUUUACAAUGGGAUGGUUUAAAAAAAUAUUUACACAUAUUGCAUUUUGUAGCCUUGUUAUUUAUUUGUUGAGACAGAUUGUAGAUUAUGAAAAAGCUUUCAUAUAGCCCAUAGCUGUGUUUGGCUUGCUUUCACAUGCAGAAAAUAGGCAGUCACAUGUUACUUUAGUCAUGUGAGUGUUCAGAUGGUCAACUCAGCCAGUGAUUUGUGUGUAAUGCUACCUCACAUCCUGAUUAUGCAAAGCUGGCCAAGGUUUCUGACUAGAACAUUUAGCCAUCGCAUAUAAAGUAUAUAAAUCAUUUUCACUGUAAUAUUAAGAACACAAAAUGACUUGGAAAUGCGUCUCUUGUCAGUUACUGCUGAAUAAUUAGAUCUCUAAUGUAGCCAAAGGUCGUGUGUUUUAGAAUAUAUUUUUUACAGCAAUUUUUUUUUGUUGUUGUUUAGUAUGGGUAUGUUUUUGAUUAAGUUUUGUAUAGUUCAUUAAAAAAUGUUUUAAUACCA